AUGGUCAAUGGUGUGGAAUGCUUCGUAGAGAUCCAGAAGGAGGAGGAGAAGGAGGAGGAGGAGAAGGAGGAGGAUGGAAAGAACACCAGAGUCAGGCUCAUCUACUGCGUCUGCAGCGUCUGCAGCAUCUACUGCGUCUGCAGCAUCUGCAACAUCUACUGCGUCUGCAGCAUCUACUGCGUCUGCAGCAUCUACUGCGUCUGCAGCAUCUACUGCGUCUGCAGCAUCUACUGCGUCUGCAGCAUCUGCAGCGUCUGCAGAAUCUACUGCGUCUGUAGCAUCUACUGCGUCUGCAGUAUCUACUGCGUCUGCAGCAUCUACUGCGUCUGCAGCGUCUGCAGAAUCUACUGCGUCUGCAACAUCUACUGCGUCUGCAGAAUCUACUGCGUCUGCAGCAUCUACUGCGUCUGCAGCAUCUGCAGCGUCUGCAGAAUCUACUGCGUCUGCAGCAUCUACUGCGUCUGCAGCGUCUGCAGAAUCUACUGCGUCUGCAGCAUCUACUGCGUCUGCAGCAUCUGCAGAAUCUACUGCGUCUGCAGCAUCUACUGCGUCUGCAGCAUCUACUGCGUCUGCAGCGUCUGCAGAAUCUACUGCGUCUGCAGCAUCUACUGCGUCUGCAGCAUCUGCAGCUCCAAGUGGUUUGGAUACUGUCGGGUGAUUGGUCGAGAGGUUGGAUACUGUCGAGUGAUUGGUCGAGGGGUUGGAUACUGUCGUGUGAUUGGUCGAGGGGUUGGUUACGGUCGGGUGAUUGGUCGAGGGGUUGGAUACUGUCGUGUGAUUGGUCGAGGGGUUGGUUACGGUCGGGUGAUUGGUCGAGGGGUUGGAUACUGUCGAGUGAUUGGUCGAGGGGUUGGAUACUGUUGUGUGAUUGGUCGAGGGGUUGGUUACGGUCGGGUGAUUGGUCGAGGGGUUGGAUACUGUCGGGUGAUUGGUCGAGGGGUUGGAUACUGUCGAGUGAUUGGUCGAGGGGUUGGAUACUGUCGUGUGAUUGGUCGAGGGGUUGGUUACGGUCGGGUGAUUGGUCGAGGGGUUGGAUACUGUCGUUUGAUUGGUCGAGGGGUUGGAUACUGUCGUGUGAUUGGUCGAGGGGUUGGUUACGGUCGGGUGAUUGGUCGACGGGUUGGAUACUUAUGUGUGAUUGGUCGAGGGGUUGGAUACUGUCGUGUGAUUGGUCGAGGGGAUGGUUACUGUCCUCUGAUUGGUCGAGGGGUUGGUUACUGUCCUCUGAUUCGUCGAGGGGUUGGAUACUGUCCUGUGAUUGGUCGAGGUUUGGCAGAAUGA